AUGAGUAAGAGUAAACUAAUUCCCAAGCUUUCCGUUCAAUCUCCUGUCCGUCAUACCAACUUAAAUGUCCAGUCCUCAAACGCACUCCGUAAGAAAGAAGACUUAAAUCUGAUUUCAGAAGACUCCUUGGAAUCAGAUUCAGAAAGCCUCACUCAAGAGUUCGAGUCCCAGUCUGAACUUGAGGACCAAAUCCAGGAUGUAGAUGUGGAGCCUGACAGCCUAGAGGGCAGUCCUCAGAGGGAAAGCUUGAGUGAAACAGAAGAGGAAGCAAGCAGAAAAGUAGCUCAGAUGGCCAUCCAAGGAGACCUCCCGGUCCAGGAUAAUGACGUGAAUAACAGCCAACAACCUAUAGAAGACAAAUACUCAGACCUCCGCUAUGACCCAAAUUGGAAGAAUAAGAAGGAAGAAGGGCAGUUGUUGAGGGGGGAAGCAUUGCCAGAGUCUGCAGCCAGUUAUUCAGAAAAUCUGCCCUUGGAUCCACUCUACCCUUCCAAGGAGACUUCAAUGGAACUCUCAGAGGGAAAAGGCAAACAGAGAAAGAGCUCUCAGAGCGAAACUUCCUUACUUGGAAGUGAAUUUUUAAGCCCAAACUAUGAGAGUGGUGCCCAACACAAAGAGCCAUUUUCAGAGCUGAGCAGUAGUGAUAUGGAGGAGAAGUCAAGCAACCUCUCUCAGUACCUGAAGAGUUCAAGUUCACAUAACGAGGUGUUCCUGCCAGGAUCACGUGGCCCUCGGAGAAGGAAGUCCAAGCAAUAUUUUGUGGAAAAAAACAAGCUGACUUUGGGAUUACCCUCUCCUAAAACAGACUCGUAUCUUCAACUUCACAACAGAAAAAGGGGGGAAACUCACCCAGAGCAGAUAUACUACCCCAUCAGAGUAACUGGCAAGACGUCUGUUCAGAAUGCCAAAGAGAUGGAAAAUGCUGCCAUUGAUCCUGAGGACAAGUGGCAUCAAAGAGCACAGCAGUUAAAGAUUUACCAGGAGCACUGGUCUCAAUAUGAAGGUACAAAAUCAAGCAAUGUACCAAGAAGUCAAUCCUCUGAAAUCGCCAGCGGCCAGCAACCAUCCAAAAGACCAGCCAAGCCCAAAGCUCGGAGACAGCAUAAACUCCAGAUUGGCCUCAAGUCUUUCAUGACCAAAGAACUCAUUGUCAGUCAAGGAAACCAGAAUGACAUUCCAAGACAGCAACAAAACCAAAAUCAGCCUAUAGAUGCUUCAGUAAAGCAUGGAUCAACUGUGCUCACAAACGCCUCUAACAAUGAUUUACAAGACUCAAGAGCAUUUAGGAGCCAGGAUCCCAAAGUGACCUCCAACAUAUUUGCUCCACCAAAGCAGGCUUUUGAAAGGGUAUUAUAUAAAAACUCUACUGGAUAUCACUCAAUGCUGAAUAUCAAUAAAGAAAGGGGACAAUGCAGAGAUGAAGAGGAGAGAAGAUUUCCAUAUCAGCAGCUACCCAUCUACGCUCUUUCUAAUUCAGAUUUGAACAACCUUAACGAACUUUCUAAGAGGCAAGUGUUCCUGAGCCAGAAAGAGUCUCAGUCUGUUUAUGACAUGAAUGUUCAAAGAUCGACUGAAAAGAGGAAGCAACCAAAACAGCCUUUUACAGAGACAAAAUAUAAGAACCUAGAAAUGUUAUGGAAAUUCCAUCCUUCCUCGGACAGCCAACCUGUCAGAGCUUCCCCAGAUUCACGGCUCACUCAGAUAAUGGAGCAGCAUCAGCAAGCCUUGGUGCAGCUGACCGACGUGCAGCCCACCGACGUGCAGCCCAGUAAAGGGUCCUCUUCUAGCAUCAUGCUCCCCCCCAUCUCAUCAAGGGUAGAAAGUGAAUCCCAACUCAGUCCAGAGAGAAGCCAAAGAAACCAAAUGAAAAUUACCCGUAGCAAUUCUGAAGGCUAUCUGUUUCAACUGGAAAAAGGAAAAAAACACAGGAAAAGGAGCAGCAUUAAGAGUUCCAAGCUGAAAGGUUAUCAAAAAAGAGAUGUGAAGCUUGGAGGCCUAGGACCUGACUUGGAAUCUGUCAGAGAAAAAAUGCAAAAAUUAAUACAGCAAAAAGAAUAUGCAAAACAAGUACAGGAAUACAACAUGAAGACGCUGUCUGUUCUGUCCAAACCACAAACAGCAAAAACUGAAAAUAAAUCAGCCAUUCCUCGGCAGAAGGCUUUGGAAUAUGCUAAGACCAUCCCCAAACCCAAAUCAUCAAAUCUGACUGAUCAAUCAUCAAAGGAAAGCAAAAAUCCAACAUAUGAGCGAAGAAAAGAAAGUUUACCUGAAAUUUCACUGCUGGAAAUACUGCAGAGUAGACACGAAAGGGAAAAACAGGCUGUGGCUGCUUUCAAAGUCCUUCACAUUGUAUAGACAACAUUUGGUAGAAGCCAAAAACAAUCGGAGAAAAGAUGUGAAGGAGAGAAACUCUAACUUAAUUGUAACACAAAUUGAGCACAGUAACCUAACA